AUGGCUCCUCCGCUGCAGGAUACCGGGGCGAGCGUUGGGAAGAAGAAGGUUGCGAACGGUGGCGAGGUCUGUUCCCGCCGUUUUUUCACCUGGGAGGAGGUGGCGCUGCGCAUGGGUCGGAUCCAGCCUUAUCUCCAGGAGCGGUGGCUGGUGAUCGACAGGAAAGUCUACGACAUCAGCAGCUUCUUCCAGCGGCACCCGGGAGGCGCCAGGGUGAUCAGCCACUAUGCCGGCCAGGACGCCACGGAUGCGUUCACAGCAUUCCACCUUCAGAAGGCUCAAGUGAGCAAAUUCUUGAAUUCACUGCUGAUAGGGGAGCUGGCCCCAGAUCAACCUAGCUCCGAGGCCAGCAAAAAUCAAUUGUUAAUGAAAGACUUCAGGGAGCUGCGGUCCACAGUUGAGAAGAUGGGACUUCUGAAGCCAAAUAGCCUCUUCUUUUUCCUGAUGUUCCUUCACAUCGUGAUUCUGGAUGUCGCUGCCUGGAUGACUAUCUGGUACUUUGGGUCAUCCUUAGUACCCUUCUUCAUAGGUGUUGCACUGAAUACUAUUGCUCAGGUCCAAAUGUCCUGGUUGCAGCAUGAUUUGGGGCACCUUUCUGUCUUUAGAACACCCAAGUGGAAUCAUGUGGGUCACAAGAUUUUCAUGUCCCUAUUGAAAGGACUGCCUUCCCACUGGUGGAAUAAUCUGCAUUUCCAGCACCACGCCAAACCUAACUGCUACCGCAAAGACCCUGAUCUCAACAUGCACCCCCUUGUAUUCGCUUUGGGGAAGAAACUGGCUGCAGAGCUUGGGUUGCAGAAAAAGAAGUUCAUGCCAUACAACCAUCAUGCCAUACAUGAAAGACUCCUGAUGCAACUGGCCAGAGCGUCGCCGCUGCGACUGCGCCUCACCCUUCACACGAGGAAACUUCUGCUGAGCACGUCCUUGUGCUUGGAAGCUGCUUCUCGAAAAGUAAAACGUGAGGCCUAUACGGCCAAAGGGAGCAUCUGCCCAGCCGCCCAUGCUGCUGCCAAAGGUCGCGAGCGCUCCCUGCUCAUUGCAGUUGCUGCCGCUCUGGUGAAGGCAGCCUGCGCCGGGCAGCGCUGGAGGGCGGGUUCGCGCCCGGGCAGCGCCGCCACCACACGCAGCAACACGCUGCCUGUGCUCCUCUGGGUCAGCGCUCUAGGCGACCGCCUUGUUCACCUAGUAGUAGCGGUGGCCCUGGAUGGAGCUCUUGGAGCCUAUUGCAUGGUGGGACAGAAACCUUUUCUCAGGGGAGGCCUCUAA